AGCAAACCAAAGUUUCACACUUGAAAAAACAUCACACCAAUUAAAUGACUUCCUCUCUCCAUAAUCUACCCACAACCACCACCAUCACGGCUGAGCAAGGCGGCGCUACCGGUUUUUCCGAUUUGCACUCAGAUAUAAUUGAAACUCAUAUUCUCACUCGCCUUGACGGACCAACUCUAGCCUCUACGAGCUGUUCCUCUACCACUCUCCUUCACCUUUCCUCCGAAAACCACUUAUGGUCACGUGUUUGCCACUCCACGUGGCCGUCCACAAACACUCCACGUGUCAGCCACAUCAUCUCCAACUUCCCUGAUAGCGGUCACCGUGCCUUCUUCUCUCAGUCCUUCUCCCUCCCUCUUCCCGAGAACGAGCUAAUUCAAGAUUUAGAGUCAGUGAAUUUAAAGCAGGACCUACAUGCUAUAUAUAUGAACCUUUUAUAUCUUUUUUGUAUAUGUACAUGUGUUUUGAGUCGAAAGCAAUGGAUUCAGUUGAACAUAUACAGAAAAGGUAUAUGUUCAACUGCAUCCUCUAAUACUAUAAACCGUAUGUAUCUACCGUUGGAGUUAAUAUCAGCCGUCGAUAUACACUACAAAAAUGACGUAGUUUUCAGUAAAGUACAAGAGACUGAAACCACGUCGAGUUGGUUUCAGUGUUCGCCAUUCAGAAUCGACAUGAUAGAUCCAAAGGACAUGAUUUCAACGACGAUCAAACACCCUAACGAUGAUGACACGUGUACGGAUCUGAUUGAAGACAUGACGCUGAGUUGGAUUUUGAUUGAUCCGAUCGGACGGCUAGCGAUAAAUAUAUCUUCUUUAAAACCUGUUUCGGUACAACGGCAUUGGUUGACAGGGGAAGUGCACGUGCGGUUUGGUUCAAUCCUGACCGUUGAUCAAAAGAGAGGUAACGUGCUGUGUGAGAUAGUGGUCACGUGCGGUGGGUCCGAGGUAGGAGAAAUGCAGGUAAGGGAAGUGAGUUUGGAAGUGGAGGACAUGGAUGGAAGUCAUUUGAAUGGGAGGGAGAGUUUGGUAAUUUUACAAAGGGUGUUGGAGGGUAAAAGGGGAAAUGGAGCUAACAGAGCUGAAAUUGGGAGGAAGAGAUAUAAAGAGUUUUUGGAAAUGAGAAGGGAAAGAAAAGAGAAGAAGUUGAAGAGAGAAGGGGCAUUGGAUUGUUUGUGUGUUACAUUUGGGAUAUCUAUUUUUGUGGUUUUUUGGUGUUUUUUAUUUUGUUUGAGUAGAUAAAAAAGAAGAGAGAAAGUAGAAAAAAAAGUUCGAGUUUUAUGCAGUUACAAAAAGAUGUAGGGAAAAAUUACUUGUAAUUAUCAUUCAAAGGUAUUCUAUCAAAUGCUGUACUAUUUAUGGA